GUUGUGUCAAUGUCAAUCAGUGAAAUACUGCAAACAUUUUUAUAAACAUUUAAUACAAAAUGGUAAUCAGGGAUGUAACAUGUUUAAUGUUAAUUAUUGGUAUAAAUUACGCCAGAUUGACCACGGCUUUUGUAACAGAUCAGUGUAUAAGCGUAUGUAAAAAUGUAAAAUUACCUACACUAGAUUUGGAUUUCUACGAACAAGUAGUUUGUCAGAGAGGUUGCAGGUUUUUUAAUAUUAUAAAGUUUAAGGAUGUACCUAAUGUUAACCGAACAAAAAAAGAAUGCCAUUUAUCUUGUGGAGAUUCUUAUAUAGUGAAAAAAGAGAAAGAUGUAUGUCAAACAGGAUGUAAUUUAAUGGCAAAAGAACAAGAGACUUUUAUUUCAUCAUUCCUGAUUGAAACUGAAAAUAGUAUUGUUUUGGCAAGCCCGGAUCGAGAUAUAGAGUUAGAUAUCCUCUCAGAUCCGAGUAUUAGAAGCCAAUUGGAAAUAGGAUUCAAUAUUGAUUACAAGAUUCCAGCAACUAACAUCAGAACUAUGCCCAUAGAAAUUGAAGAAGAAUUCAAAGUAAACGAGAGGGAUUGGUUAGAUUGUGCUUCAAAAAAUUCGGGGAUACCAAGGUGGAUAUUAUUACUGGUUAUUUUAUCGUCAGUUUUGGUGGCAUUGUGGUUGAGCUUCACUUUGGAAAAGAGAAACAGUGUAGAUGAAGAAGUCCACGAGAUGGAUAUUCCUGAUGAAAAACUUAUUCUAACCAGUGAUGAAGUGAAAGAACAGAACAUUGUGGAAAUAUUUCCUGUAUAUUUGAAUGUAUCUGAGAAAGAAGCCCCCCCAAAAUAUACAGACCGAACCGAGGACGUCUAAUUGGUAAUUAAGAAUUUUUGAAUACAGUCAAUAUCAAGUGAAUGUUAUUUAUAUUUUUUCUCCAGAAAUUGUACAUGAAAUAAUCGGCAAUGUACAUUCAACAUUAUUUCUAUGGGAACUUGAUUAAUUUUUUAGUUAUUUCUGGUUCACUCUAUUUUUUGUAAUAAGAACUUACUCCAAAAAUUUUUUGCUGCAUUUCAGAUCCAUUAGGGGGUUAUGUUAAGGUGGGGGAAACAUUUUUUAAGGGGUGAUUGUGAGUGUGAGGCAAUCCAGCCAGAAAGGGUGAGCUGCAGAGCACCCCAGACAGGUAGCUCAAUUUGCAGUCAUUGCUGCUUGACUGGUAAACAGUCCGGGGUACGUAAUAGAUUGAUAGGUCAAAGUGUUAGCAAGGUAAAUUACCCAAUCGCUCAUCUAAUCUGAUUGAAAAUUCCAGUCUCUCUGCCUCUAAAUUCACUCAAAACUAUCCUCUAUGCAUAGAAACCACUUUACAAAUUUAAAUCACAAACAAAUGUUUGAGAAUCUCUCUCGAAAAUAGGCAUAAUUUAACAGCUAUAAAUAGGAGUUUAUGUUUGUUCAGACUACAAGGAUUUUUUGAAGCUAUGCUCUAAAAUAUCAUAUUCUGUAUUGUUUAUAACCUUCCAAGUUAUUUUUACAUAUUGUACGUUAUUGUUAGUCAGUUCUAGUAACCUUUUAUAGCCGAAUGACAAAUUUUCACUUUAAUGCAAUUUUAAAAAUUCUUUUUGUAUGCUAGAUUAUAACAUGUACAUAAUUAUUACCAAAUAUCUUGGCUGUUCUAUUUUAUACUUGAUCUCAGUCUUUUUUAAAGUGAUUAACGAUAACAGAAAAAAAUUUUGUUCAGUACUUCCGCAUACGCCAGGUUUAGAAUCGUAAAUACUCGCUAGUUUCGCGUUUUCGAGGUCGCAGAUUCCAUUUAUCGAGGUCCCAGAUGUCAGAAUUUACUACUUCCCUUUUUUCCUUUGUAUAUAUCUGAACCAUCUAGCUUUUACAUACUUUACUGUCUUAAACUCUCAUCUGGUUUUUUACUUCAUGGCUCCAUAAGACCUAGGAUUCUCUUCAGUAUUUUUCUUUCUAUUAAUUUCAGUUUUCCUUUGUUAAUUCCAUUGGGAAUUUUUAUUAAAAUUUCUAACUUCUAAUGUCUGGUAUUUCCAGUAUAGUUUAUAACUUGCAAAUUUCUCAUUUAUAUCUAUACUUCUUUUGUUUUUUUUUAUCUAUCAUGUUUCAAUUUUCAUGGUUCUGUAUGGUGCAGCAAUUAUGUCUCAAUUUCUAUCAAUACAAAAUGAUGUCCCCUGAACGGUUCCAGUAUAAUUUAAUAUUUAGAUUCUGACCCCAUUAAAGCUCUAGAUUUUCUACUCCAUCCACGAUUCCACAAAAUGGUUCAUGUCCUGUGGAGGGUUUAUCCUUAUCUUAUUCCAAGACAAUAUCUUAUUGAAGUAUAUUGAAUAAUUAGCAAUAGUAUAGGAGUAGAUCUAUAAACUGGUGUUUUUUAUCAUAUAUACGAAGUGUGACUAUUAAAAAACGAGACUAGUGACUAUUAUCACUAUAUAACUCCUCCUCUAACCCUACAUAGCUCCAUACGAAUCUUCCAUUCUUAGAAACAGUGCAGGAAGUCUUUUACUGUCACUUUCUUUAGGGCGAGCACAGCUUCAGCAGACUCAAAUCUUGUUACUUUUAGUGCAGUUUUGACCUUAGAAAAGAGGUAGAAGUCACACGGUACAAGAUCCGGCGAAUUAAUUGGGUAGUAUAAUACUGGGAUGAUGUACUUGACUAGAAACCUCUUGCCUGAAUGAGGCAUCAGUUUUGCACACACUUUUGGCAUGUUAAAUAUUCAUGUAAAAUUUACCGUACACAUUCCUAUAGAUUUAACAAUCCCUUGAAUAAGAUUACAGACUUUUUUGAUAUUUGUUUUCGUUUUUUACGUGUAAGGGUGACCCGAAUGCGAAUAAUUUUCAACAUCUUUGCCAUUUUUACGUCGAUAAUUUUUAAGGCAAAACAAAAGCAACGGCUACACUGAUUUGUCACUGAUUAAACAUCGUAUUCGAAUAGUAGACUUUCGGUUAAACAGCUGACAGUUGCUAACCUUUUACAAAGACAUGUGGCGCUACAGCUCAGGAUUUGGUCCUAUCUGGACAUAAAAUAUCACCUUCAAUACAAAUUAGCUUGUUGGGUGUUAAGAUUGGAGGAAAACGCCCUGGCAUAAUCACAUGGUUGGAUUAGCUGAGGCAAUAUCACAAAAACUUGGAACCCUCUUUAAGACCCAAAAGCUAUAUACCCCGUAACAGCUUCUAAUCCUCUACAAGACCAAGAUUCGACCAUCUUUGGAGUAUUGCUCGCAUAUUUGGAGCUUGAGGACGCUAGACUCAAUACAGAAAAGUGCAAUUCGACCCAGAAUUUACCAGAAACUUCCACAGAUUAGAGAGUAGAAGAAAUGUCGCUGAACUGACUUUAUUUUACCAAUACUACCACGACAGAUACUCUUCCUAGCUAUCCAGCAUAAGUGCAGCAGACUUGGUUCUUGAACACUGAGCUCGCCCAUAGACGUCCAGAAAAUCAAUUUAUCGGGACUCCUUUCUUUGGAGAAAUCCAUACCUGUGGAACUUGCUACCAAGGCACGUCUUUCCCGAGCACUACAAUCUAAAGAAGUGUAUGUCCACAAGGCAGUCACCACUCUAACUACUCGAGUGUAAUAAGGUUAAUUAACUUGAUACCCACACCUCAUACAGUACUUGAUAAAAAAUUUUUCUGUUAUUAUCGCUUUAGAAAAGGAAAAAUUGUACUGAAUGGUGUUGUUUGUUAUCGUGCUUGUUUUUAUAGGUAUCAUAUACUCACGUAAUUUUUUUUAAAUUAAUCUAUACUAGAUGUAAUGUUUACCACUAUGUGAUUAUUUGAUUCACCAAAAUAAUAAAUAAGCAAUGUGUAUGUUGUUCCAUUCUUAAUGAAAUAUUGAUUAAUGUACUGAAUGAUUUCUUCAAGAAGAUAAUUGUUGUAAACUUAGCCAUAAACAAUAAAAUGAAAAAGAAAA